CCGCCUGGGAAAAAAGUUGGAGGACACUUUCACCCUUUAGACUAACUGUCUCUGUAGCCGUUGCUUUCAGGGUACCCGUUUCAGCUCAAUGGAUCAAAGCUGAGAGCAGAAUGGUUCUCAACGUUAAUGUCAUCCUCGGAGUCCUGAUUGGCGCGACGUCUUCGCUUGCAGGUGCUCUCUCACGUUCACCCCACGUCUCGGACCCUGUCGAAGGUUGGUCCCGCUCUGCUCGCAGUUCCCUGCUGCCUCUAUGUGUUCCUGAUGCCCGUGGCAAUGAAGACAAAUGGGUGGCAGUGUGUGCGGAAGAAGACGGCCGAAUACUCUACUUUGCAUCCAUGGAGGAGGGUCUUCUUCACCCUGUACUUGAAGUGGACCGCCGGUUUGCUGUUGACUACGAUGGCGACGGAGAAGAGGAGAUAGCCAUAGACGUGAGGGUCUUUGCAAAACACGUGCUUAAGUUCCUUCCGUUUCCAUUCCACAGGGUUCAGGCUCCCACACUCAUGAGGCAGGCAAGUCACUCAGCAGCUAUUCAUUCAAAGUCGACGGCAAGACGGUUUCUGCGACAGUGAGUGAACAUGCUAUAAGAGCAGUCAGAACGACCGCAUUGAAGAGCUAUACUGACUGCAGGAAUGUAGUACUGAUGAGAGCAACUGUGAACGGCACAUUCGACCAUCCCUUGGUUAUGGCAACCAUUCCAUUGAGAUCACUGUGAGAGAUGAACACAACAACACCGCGUCCGCCAGCAAGGAGGUCCACGUAGCCCCCAUUGAUGAAGUGCCCGGUUGUUCGUUGGCGCUCUACACGGGCGAUGAUAACAAGGGCUUCUCAGCACGUGGCUUGCUGCGAAGCCGCGCUGCCACAAAGGGUUUCCAGCUGCGACGCAAUGGCGUCAAGGGUCUGCAUCCGCGGUGGGUGACGUCCAGCGGCGUGGUGGCUGACGCUGACGAAGACACCCGCGGCCGGGGCUCCCCAUACGAGACCUGUGAAGUACUUCCGGACCCCCAAACGAUGGGAAUUUUUGAUAAAGAGUUCACUAGCAAUCUGAUCGUCAGGGCACAGGUAGUGCAGUUCACGCUCCGUGAAAGCACACCACUAUCUUGAUGUACCCUGACGCAACCAGGGCGUGCUCGAGCUUUCCGCAUCUGGUUCAAAGAAUGAGCCUACUAUGCUGUCUGUUGAGGGUGGAAGCGACGCAGUGGUGUGGAUUGAUGGGGAGCAGCGCCUAUUCGAGAAGGGAAGGAGCAUCCCACUGGAGGCUGGACGCGGAGCGGUGGAGGUGGAAGUGAGAUGGCUUGUUGCGGAGCCGACAAGACAGCCUUUGCGGGUGGUACUGCAAGACGACAACCGAUCAUCACCAGUCAGCUGGCGCUGGACUCACAACCAGCGAGAUUGGGAACCCUUCAUCAACAAAGUAUCGCCCGAUAAAGUGGACUCGGAUGGGGGCACCCUAAUCACGAUUGACGGCGUUGGCUUUUUGAGUCCACAGGUGAGGCAAUGAAUCACAUCCUGCUCAUUGAUUCACAUGAGGCACCGCUGAUCUUUUCUCCAAUGCAAGACGGCGCAACGGAUCAAUUUGGUGUUUAUAAGGAACAACAUUCGCUAUGGCGACCGCGUGGACAGCAGUGGCAAUGUACCUGGUGUUGUGGGCUGGAGUGGCAUACGCAUAGAGUACCGAACACCACCCGUAAGUCCGCAUUAGACCCAUUUUUGAUGAUCGUCUGAUGACCUGCAAACCAUUCAGGCUCCUGUGAACCAAAUCGCGGAUGUGCAGCUUGUGCUGGUGAGAAGGAUGUGUACUCGAAGGGUGACAUGGUUGUGCUCCAUGUGCUCCUCCAGUUCCCACCUCAGCCAUCUGCGCCUUGGGACUCAAAACCCUCAAAUGCCAAGAGAAUCGUGUACAAGAGUGGCGGCAGCUUUGACAGGAUUGCGUUUCAGGGGCUCAAGAAAGUCGUGGACCUGUGGAGCCAGAUCACGGGCGGUCACCGGGGGAGAGAAGGUCCAAGGUCGUUUUCAGGGACCUUCACAACAGGGGUGUGGGCUCAGGAUGGGCGAACACUUGUGAUGGGGACAAUUCCAGGCCUCCUGGCUACUGCAUCAUUCAUGAGCACUGAUGAGGUGGAUAAGAGCUCCAUCAAAGUGUAUGACACACUACAGAAGGAGUUUCCGGGCCACUCGAUCUCUGGGAUCGAGUUCGAUCCGCUCCGCCCCCCCUCAGACCCUCAUCUGUAUGUCGCACAUGGACCCUUCUUCUACUGGGUAAUCAUCGAAUCAAUCAGGAAAGAUCGCAACUUAGAAUGCCUCUCUCAUGCAGUGGAGACAAGGCAUUUAUUGCUUCAAUGAGACCAUGACUUACGCCCCCUUCUUGGCGCGCAUAUCCCGUCUGUCUGGCCCCGACUUCUCGGUCCUUGAAACCGUACUGGAGAACCUCCCAAUUUCAAACACUCAGCACACAGUCAACGGCUUACAUUUCGACAACGAAGGAAACCUGUACGCCAAUGUGGGCAGCACGACGAACGCGGGCUGGCCGGCGUGUUGGUAUGUGGCCAAGCACUUCAGUGUGCGUGUGGCCAAGCACUUCAGUGUAUACACUUUCUUCUUGCAAUUCAGGACAGGCGGUCUGCCUGAAUCCCCUCUGUCGGCAUCACUCAUUAAGGCAUGCAGUUGGAUGCUCUGCAUGUGACCUCACUGUCGCCGUCAUGCAGGUCGAGGUCAACAACCCCAACCUGACCAAGAAGAUCGAGUAUGUCGACCACAAGACGCGCGAGCCCAUCGAGAAGCCAAACCAGGUGAGAUUGGGACACUGUCCUGAUAAAUGGUCCUUAAUGUGUUUCUAUGCAGCUGGAGGGUGACCGCUAUGACCUCGCAAAUAGUGUUGUAGGAGUGACGGUGUGGUCCAGUGGACUCCGCAAUGCAUACGAUAGCGUCUACACUACCAAAGGUACAUUAAUGCAUAUGACCUUAUUCGAAUUGAAUGCACACUUGCUACGUCUUCACAAGCAGACAUUCUCCUUGUGAAUGUCGAGCAGGGAGGACCUAUGUGAUCAUGAACGGGCCGAACAUUCGCAGUGGUUCCCCUGUCGUGGGCCCUCCAUCUGGCGACCGCUGUACUCCUGCAGACUUCGAUACAUGGGACAAGACAUUUGAAGACGGUGUACCUAAUCCCCUUUUCCUUCCAAAGCCGGAGAAGGAAAAUGGGAGGAAUUGUCAGCCGAUCCUGUCCAAUCAGGGGGUGGAGACCAUGGAUCGCAUUUUCAACUCCUUCAACGGUGCAUACCACGGCCAUCCUAACCCUGCUCGAGCCCGCAAUACCAACGACACGAGACAAUGGUGGGAUAUGUAUGCAUCGCCGUCAUCACAGCAAACAAACAGUGCUUACUGUGAUCCCUGCGUAUGGCAAGGUACCACUUCAAGGGCUCACAAGGAAUGGCAAAAUUGAACUUCACUGCUGGACGACCGCUUCCAUCUCCCACCACGGGAAUAUCUGAGUUUCGCGGCAGCUGCUUCAACAAACAGCUUCAGGGGAGCCUGUUGGUGUCAAGGUGGCAGAAGGAGAUCUUUCUUGUCCCAGAUGAGGAAAACAUAGAGGCCCGUACAGAGUAAGAUGGCUUUACAUUUUCUUCUCUGUUUAAGUAUCUUGUUUCAGGUCUUUGGGACUUUUUCGGGACCACCUGGACAUACAGUAUGGGCCGGCAUGCUCUAUCGUUCUCAUGGGAUACGAGAGCGGCUCCCUAAGCGUUUUGAUACCCGAGGAAAGCUCGCUGGAUGCCUUUGAGAAGGAGGCGACUUCUCCUCGAGUGUUUGAUGUUCUUCCAUGGAGAGGCCCGAUGUCGUCGGAACUUCCGAUUACGCUCGGAGGACGCAGAUUUACGAAGGGCAAAAAGGAAAGACGGCCUGAAACGGUACUGUUCGGAGGCAUUGAGGCUGCCAUCCAAAGAUAUGACUCGACACGCAUCGAGGUGGUAAUUCCGGCAGAAGCGAAGCGAGCAGAUGAUCAAAGUCUUAAGAACCUUGUAGACGUUGUUGUCCACUUCUCAGACGGUACAUCAGACACUCUUGCAAACGCGUUUUUGUUUUUGAAGAGUUAGGCAGAUGCUUUUCCGCUUGAAGAGAGACGGUGGAGGAGGGUGGAAAAACAAAGAGAAGGAAAAUGAGCUAGCUACAAGCCAGAUCACAAUACAUGCAGAAACAAUGAACAACGCUCAUUGUCUGUACACAGACACAGGUCGCACACUGCAAACUAGGAGAGAAUUCGAGUCGGAAAAGAGUUUUAAAAAUGGGAUGGCGUCAAGCUGGCGUGGCGCACGCUUAGACAAGUCAAUGUGACGCAAGGUGUAGCGCAAAGCAAGCGUGCAGCACGGAACAGUCAGGUUGCACACCAGCUGGGUGCUCUCCCUUGGGGAGAUGCCAUCUCACGCGCGUAUAGAGGUCGCAAAAAGACAAGGCAGCACAGUACAGAACAGAGGCCUACAGCCAGACAUGCACCAAAAAGAGAAGGUCGAACAAGGACAUCAGUAGGGGCAUAGAGACACACAACGGAACGAACACAGCGGGACGAAUACGCAACGCUGAC